UUUCUAUCGGGAUGGAAAGCGCUUCGUAUAAAAGCUGAUUCCCAAGGGUUGACGGUAUCCAGACCUUUCCCAGCAUGAAUCCGAUUAAGCUGAGCCUCUGCCUGGCCUUCCUGGCCGCCUGCGCCUCCGCAGACACUCGCUCCCAUGCCCACGGAGGAUUCGUAGGACACGCUGGACCCUCCCUCGGAGCGACCCAUGGACACGGCGGUUCCUUUGUGUCUGGACACGGCGCCUCGCACGGAGGAUCCUUCGGGCGUGGAGUGGGCGGCCACGGAGGGUCGGUGGUCGUAGGACACAGCGUGUCCAGCGGUCCCGUCUACGGCGGCUGCCCAUGGCGGCUCCUUCAGCGGAGGACUUCGUCCCAGCAUUGGACACGGCGUUUCAAGCGCCAACAUCCACGCCAGCUCCUUCGGCAGCCACGGCGUGCAUGGAGGCUCGUUCUCACGCCCACACGUAGUCUCACGCCCACACGUCGUCUCACGCCCACAUGUCGUCUCACGCCCACACUCUAGCUUCUCUUCAGGCUUCAGCAGCAGCCACGGAGGCGCUGUCGUUGGACAUCAUGGCGCUCCCAUCACCUAUGGAAAAUAAGGAGGCAGGAUUUUUUUCUAACUUAUGAAAAUAAAGAGUCCAGUCUUCC